UUCCAUGACUGUAUUAUUUCUUUGACCAGCUCUUUGUGAGAAGCAUGGAGAUCUAUUGUCUAUUGACGUUUUGCUUGACAGGCCUUCGAAGAUAACUCUCCAGCACUGUCUUAUGGCAUUUUGGAGCAGAUGUGCUGCUGCCCAGCUAGUUUUCAAAGAACUCCCUUCUUGAAGGUCUAUUUCAUUGCUUCCGUAUAGAGGUAUCAUUUCUCUGGCAUGGCUGAGAUACAAGUGGAUAUAUGUGUGGGUGACCCCAUUCACAUCGAUUUAUCUGCCUUCAAGUCAUGGCUGGCCGGAUUUACAGUAAAGGAAGUUGCGCGGUCGCAGGAAAGCAAGCCGGACAGAACUCUCCAACGUCUUGUACAGUGCUCGCAUCAUUUCCAACUGUCGGCAAUGGAUGUACUGAUGGGAGAGAUCACUGACCAAUUCCAUGCAUACAACAUGCUGGAGACGUGGCUCGUGACCGUGCCGCCCUCGCUGGCUGUCCAGUCGAUCAUUCCCAUUCCGCCCAACCUCCAGCAGAAGCUGAUCACGCUAUACUUUUCUUUCGACGAGCACUACUCUGUGCCGAGAGAGCUUAUAGGCCGGAAGUUGACCGGGCGUUUACGUAGUAACUUGGAUGACGUGGCAGAAAAGACAGGUGUAAACUUAAAGAGUUGCCGGCGCCAGUUCGAUAACAUUCGCCGUGUGUUUCGGACAGUGGAGGACGAGCCAGGCAACUUAGUGGACAACAUCCGCCGUGCCUUUCAACUGCCUUUCGACCUGGCCAAUUUAUAUGCGUCUAUCGUCUUUAUGGCAAACUCUAAGUUUGAGAUGGGCAAGAAGCGGUUGACCUAUCUGUCAUUUCUGGACUUCCAUGCGUGCGUGGAGGAGAUGAUUGCGCAUUGGACCGUGGGUGCAGAAGGUACUGGUGCGACAAAGGAGGUUGAUGCUGGGAUCAAUGUGGAUACUGACGUCGACCGGAUGUUUCUUCAGGAACUGAAAGAUGUCCGUGGCAUUGUGGAAGCCGACAGCGACACACAUAGAGCGCUGGCCUUGGCAUAUCUACAUCCUCGGCUACCAGACCACCAGAUUUCUGUAUUGGAGACUCACUACAAGCAACUGAGCAAAAGUGUACUGAAGAUUGCCGAAGGCCUCGUGCACAAAGCAGAGUUCAAGGACUUCUUUUCAGAUCUGGAAGAAAAGUUCAUGGAACCUUGUCGCCAGUUGGAGUACAGCGUGGAAGAAAUUGGACAUUUCCUGAAUGCCAUGCUGGAGUCGAGUCGACAACUCGAUGGCCUGAUGAGGAGGAAGCACAUGCAGCUCGCUUACCAGAAGUACCUGAAGAUAGUACUAACGUGCGCGCAGCAGUUUGCAAAGGCAAGGCGACGCUAGCUCUCACCCGCCACCACCCACCCCACCACCACCACCACUGAUCCUAGCUCUCGCCACCGGUAUUCUGCUUGAACUGUCCCAUUGGUAUGUCUGGAAGGAAAUGCUCCCACUAAGUACUGUGAACUGCUGAUGAGAAGUUGCUCGACCUGUGCACUGUCCUGCUUUUGCAACUUCAACUUUCGCUUGAUGAAAAAAUUACACGCUGCUGUACGUCAACUCAAAGACACGCAAUAUUAUAAUGUCAUGAAACACACCUUAUUUACACAAUACUGAUUGCAUAAAAGUAGGACUUGACUUGACCAAAUAUUUUUACUAUCAUCCACUAGACCUAUUGUUUUCCACAACCACUGCUCUGCUUCUCAGACCGACUAAGUCAGCUGAAUGUUCUGUUCGAAUACUCCUCAUCCUUACAACACAGUUGGUAGAAAGGACCCAACUAUGAUUUUGUCCGCCUUGUUUUUAUUAUUGUUAAAACUAGCUGUGCUUCAGUGGUAUUAUGCUGUGCUGUACGUUCGCUGUUGACAAAUCUCUUUAUAACGUAGUUGCUGUUGUCGUUUAUCUAAUCAUGGGUGUGGAUGGUUGAUUCUUAGCCACCAUUCACCUGUAA